CCAUGUAGCAUGAUGAUCACAUCCUCUCUCUCUCAGCUCCCGGAGCCACAUAACUGAAAUUGUACAACAAUCAUCGCUCCAUAACUGUCCCCACCCCCUCCACUCGGCUUUAGCACGGACCCGCACGGCACGGCUCGACUCUCUGUCAGCCCCGGCCCUCCUCCAGGGCUGCCUGAGCCGGCGUUUGAUUGGAUCAGAGUCGGCUAGCCUUUGCCCUCUAACCCCGCUGAUGUUGGCUGGCUGCUUCCUGCUCCCUCCGCUCCCCCUGACCGACUGACGAAGCCUGCCGAAGCCGCACGCCGAAGCGCCCUGCACGGACACAGCCGACCGGGACGAGCCGCUACAGCCCGACCAGACCGGAGCAGAGCCACGAAACGUACAGGCGGGAGGACGAGACGAGCAGGCAGCCAUGCGGAGGAAAUCGAGGAUAUUGUUAUGUUUUGCGGUGCUGUGGGUGCUGGGGAUAGCCUACUACUUCUACUCGGGGACAGCGUUGAACCGAAAGGAUGAUUGGGGCUCCAGUGACUUGUCCAGCAGGAGCAAAGCUCACAUGUCUGAUGACAAGAUUAACAGCCUAGAGACUCUGCCGCCAGGUAAGGUCCGCUGGCAGGAUUUUGACCAGGAUCUGUAUGUCGGAGCCACAGUGGUGCGACCAGGUCAGGAUCCAUACGCCAGGAACAAGUUCAACCAGGUGGAGAGCGACAAACUCCGCAUGGACAGAGCCGUGCCUGACACAAGACAUGACCAUUGCAGACAUAAACAAUGGAAGUCAGACCUGCCGGCCUCCAGCGUUGUCAUCACCUUUCACAAUGAGGCUCGCUCUGCACUGCUGCGCACUGUGGUCAGUGUCCUGAAGAAAAGCCCUUCUCACUUGGUCAAAGAAAUCAUUCUGGUCGACGACUACAGUGAUAACCCGGAGGAUGGAGCACUGCUGGGGAAGAUUGAAAAAGUGCGUGUGCUGAGAAACGACCGCAGAGAAGGACUGAUGCGUUCGAGGGUUCGUGGUGCAGACGCCGCCACGGCACCCGUCCUCACCUUCUUGGACUCUCACUGUGAAUGUAAUGACCACUGGCUAGAGCCGCUACUGGAGAGAGUGGCUGAGGACAAGACCAGAGUAGUUUCUCCCAUCAUUGAUGUAAUCAACAUGGACAACUUCCAGUAUGUCGGAGCGUCGGCUGAUCUGAAAGGAGGUUUUGACUGGAAUUUGGUGUUUAAAUGGGACUACAUGACCCUGGAUCAGAGACGAUCCAGACAAGGCAACCCAAUCGCCCCUAUAAAGACUCCGAUGAUAGCAGGAGGUUUAUUUGUCAUGGAUAAGGAGUACUUUGAGCUGCUGGGAAAGUAUGACAUGAUGAUGGAUGUGUGGGGAGGAGAGAACCUCGAGAUCUCAUUUCGAGUGUGGCAGUGUGGUGGUAGCCUGGAGAUCAUACCCUGUAGCAGAGUUGGCCAUGUCUUCAGAAAGCAACAUCCAUACACUUUCCCCGGCGGGAGUGGGACUGUGUUUGCAAGGAACACAAGGAGAGCAGCUGAGGUGUGGAUGGAUGAGUAUAAAAACUUCUACUACGCUGCUGUCCCCUCAGCGAGAAACGUCCCCUAUGGAAACAUCCAGAGUCGUUUGGAGAUGAAGAAGAGAUUAGGAUGUAAGCCAUUCAAAUGGUACCUGGAGAAUGUCUACCCUGAACUGCGAGUCCCAGACCACCAGGACAUAGCAUUUGGAGCGCUGCAGCAGGGAGGAAACUGUCUGGACACCCUGGGUCAUUUUGCUGAUGGGGUGGUGGGUGUCUAUGAAUGCCACAACGCCGGGGGAAACCAGGAGUGGGCAUUGACCAAGGAUAAGUCAGUCAAACACAUGGACUUGUGUCUGACUGUGGUGGACAGAACAGCCGGCUCCCUCAUCAAACUACAAGGCUGUCGAGAGAACGACAGCAGACAGAAAUGGGAGCAGAUUGAGUCCAACUCGAAGCUUCGUCACGUGGGCAGUAACCUUUGUCUGGAUAGCCGCAGUGCCAGGAUGGGCGGACUCACUGUGGAGGUCUGCAGCCCGAGCCUCAACCAACAGUGGAAGUUCACCCUCAAUCUACAAUCAUAGGGGGCGCUACCGACCCUGGGAAGAGCUGGAUAUUGGAUAGACACACCAACAGACUCUGAGACCUGGAUGAAGAGAUGGAAACAGACUCAAGGAGUAAGAUGAACUUGAUGGGUAAAUGGAUCCCUCUCACUCCUCCUCCUCCUCCUCCUCAGAGGUGCAGCCAGUCACAUCUAUACACCUCUCCCCCGCCCUCACCCCUCCCAUAAAAACAAAGAGCCACACCCACCGGGGGAGGGGGUUGUAGACCAUAAAUGAGUAAACAGGAAACUGACUGUAUUUGGUGGAUGGAUGGUGACAGUGAUGAUCAUGAUGAGGAUAAAAACGAUGAAGAGGCUUUCCAUCCAAACUACAUACCUCAGUGUUUUUUCAUUGAUGGUUCCAGAGGCAAAUUUUGUUCUUUUACUUUCUUUAAUGCUGGUGAGGUAGAACUCUUUUUACUUUGUAAUUUUAUUAUUUUCUUAUUAAUAUUUUUUAUUUCUUGCUGUUAACUCUCCACAGAGGUUUCGCAGGAGCUUUUUUUCGUUCUUGAAAGAAUGGGAUGUUGGUGUUUCUCCUCUCCAGUGCUCUCUCUGUCUUUGUUUCACCACCCUGAGCUGGAGCCUGUAGCGGCAGAUGGAGGCUUCAGGUUGUGGUUUGGGUGUAGAGUGAUGUGAAGGGAGGAAAUGGACUCGAUUCCUUGAGCUUUUCCUCUCGUUUACUCUCAUUGGUUCACAGGAUCAACAGAGAAAAGAGAGGCAAAGUGGGGAGAAGAACGCUGUGUGCUCUGUGCUGAUUGCUACACAGUCUUUCCUACAGAUUAUGUCUCGGGGAGGGGGUUCGGGGAGGAGCCUCUCUGCGUUGGAUGGGGCAUGACGCCGGUUUGCUCUGGCCGGAAGUGCAGUUCCUGAAACCAGGAAGUGUCUUGAAGCCACCCCUCAGGAUUUACUGUUUGUCGUCAAGCCGUAGCACUGGCUGCCACAGCAUCUUCACUUCUACACCAUCAUGUCUCUAAAGAAACAAUACACAGAAAAAAAAAAUCUCUUAACAGUUUUAUUUGUUUACUUUUGUCAAAAAAGGAACCAAAUUUCGAAUGGAUGUUUUUAUGUUUCAGGAAUACCAGAGGAGCGAUUAAAAGAGUUUUCUUUACAUACUCUCGCUGCUCUCUAACUGCUCCCUGUGGAGCGGCUCAGUUUAUACAUCUUCUUCUCCUGCACAGAUAAUUUUCUUUGCCUUUCUUUCUAAUAUUGCCAUUGUAGGAAGGUUAUUGUCUAUUAAUAACACCCAAACUGGAUUUAACGUUGCAGCUUUUUCUCUAGCGAUAACAGGUGUUGGCUGAGAGAGGAUAACAGUGACAUUUAUAAUAUCACUAUGACAAGAAACCUGAACAUGAUUGAGAUGUUUGUUUCUGUGCUUUCAACACACACCUGCCUGCUCCUGCACAGCAGUAGAGGGAAACACCAGACACCACGUUUUUAGACUUGACAUCACAGGUCCCUCGUUUUUGCUGACAGAGUAAAACCUUGCUUAUUCCAGUCUGACAACAGAUGUCGUUCAGAAAGAAAAUGUUCUCCUGUAUAAAACGUGCAUGCACAUGUGUUCUGAAGAGCUCCUUCCAGCUGCAUGUUUCACCAACCAGCUCCCACACUUACACUCGGUCAGUAGUGGUUUCCAUCAAUAUGCUUUUUUUUUCUCCUUCAUUGUGCCUGUUAGAUGUGCCAUCUGUUCGGAAGUUUGAAACUGCAAUAAACAAGGUUUUACUGUUUGUCCUCACUCUGUUUCUGCUGGAGGUGAGCAGAUUUUUCUGAUUGCACAAGCAGGACCGCUCAGUUUUUGCUGAUACGAAGUACUAAUAAGAACACUUUUUAUUUAUUUUGGCAAGCUACUUUAUUCUAUAGAACAAGAUUUCAGUGUCACCUAACAGCAUUUUUUUUUGUUACCUGAUAGUGUUACUGAUGCCAUUGACAGUACAUGUAUCUGUUUGCUAGUCCAUUACCUGAUGCCUGCUGUGCAUCUCUGCAACACGAGUCUUUCCUGGGUGCAGCGUGGGUUCAUCUUAACUGCUAUGAUCCUCUGUGCUGUUAGUCACUGAUGAGUAAUGAUGGUACAGUUUGGGGAAAUUGGUUUUGAUUAAAUUUGGAGCGUCUCAUCCCCUGGCAGCUUCAAGGCAACAGCAUUAAACAUCUUUGAACAGAUAUACUGUAAAACAGAAAUGGCCUAUAAAAAUCACAUCUCGUCUCCUAGUUUAUUUUAGAGCGAAGUCGCAGCCUGAAAUGUGUCAAAUCUUUCUUUAUAUUGCUCUUUCUCGCUCACAUUCACAUCAUUACUUGUCAAUGUUGAUUUUUGCGUUUUGUUUUUCUUGUACUGUGUUACCAAAUCUGACAAAGACAGCUGGUCACGAUUGCUGUGUUGUCUGAUGCUUUUCCAUCCUCUGUCCCACCACUUUGUUUUCUGCCAUUUUGUUCCUUGUACCUGACAUUUGCCUUUGUCUUAUACAUCCACGCGACUGUAAGCAGAGUGAGAGGAGCUGAGAAGGUCAGCUGAAACUGCAGCUGGCUGAAAAGCCUAUCCUUUGACUUGAUAGGUUGCUGCAUUGUGCUGCCAUGCACAGGACCUGCGGGUAUGAGGCCAGACCCCAAGGGUGAGCCUAGAUUUGAGGAAAGUUAUCUGUUGCCAUGGUGACUAGACUCAAGGGCCCAAAUCUGAUUCAAAGGAACACUUCACCCACAAGCGACCAUAUAUAUAUCAGUUAGUCAUGCCGUGUUACCUUGAAUUCGUAAAGAAAACUUUUUUCUCGCAUGCCUCCAUGGAAAGCGGCAAAUAUAUUGAGUUGUUGAUUGAUUGGGGACCACGUUUAACAACAGAAAAACUAUACCAAAACAUUCGUUUACAAACUCUCACACAAAUCAUGCAGUAAAAUCCAAGUCUCAUUUAUCUAGCCCUAUGCUCAGUACUUCCCAAACACAUCCAUUUUUGCCACAACCUUAAUAUUUAAAGUGUAAAGUGAAACAUAUGUAUGCUCUCUUCAAAGCCAGACACCAAUACUGUUUUUUACAGUAGUUUUUUAGGGAAAGUGCAUGUGUUUGGGAAGUACUUAGCACAUGACUGGAUAAAUGAGACUUACACUGCUUAAGUUGUGUGUGAGAGUUUGUAUUCUGUCAAACCUAGUCCGGAAACAACUACCAAAUCAAUAUGUUCACCAUUUUCUGCAGAGACAUGAGGAAAAACAAGCAUUUCUUCAUGCAUUUAAGGUAACGCAGCAUGACUAACUGAUAUUCAAAUGGUCAUUUUGUGGGAGAAAUAUUCCUUUGAGGUUUCUGUUGGAUUUCAAUGUUAAGCAGCAGGUUGAUGUACGGUUAAGUACUGGAAAUGUGAUUUAAUUUUUGACCAUUCUCAGCUGUGUCUUAAUUUCUUAAGAAUGUUGCAGAUCAAUAAUUGUAAAACUGAAUACCUGAUUGGAAUUUAAGUUGUUAAUUUUCCUGUAAUUGUGCACCCAAACAGUAUCUGCAGUCACAUCAGAGGCUUUGGUGGAGUACAGCACGUGACACAUCUCUCCUCACGUUGAGUUGUAGAUCAAACUUUGAGCCUGACGGGUUUAAAGUUGAUGAGAAGUCACAAGUCUUCAGAUAAACUGGGUGCAGGUACUAUCAUUUUAGGUAAUUAUUUUUAAUUGUUACUUAACAUCUUCUUCAUAAGUUUGAUAGGAGUGUGUGAGGUCUUGCUCUGGUGAUGGAGUGGAUCCACAAAUGUUGUGGCCUUUUUUUUUCUGUCAUCAAAAUGUGUGUGGCAAUCCUCACAUAUAAACGUGUCUCAAUGCUUACAUGUUGUCUGUCAAAUUAAGAGGUCGUCAUUUUCAGAGCAUUUGGCCCUUGUCCAUGGGUGAGUGAAGAUGACACGAUGUUAUUUUCAGUGGUGUAUAGCGCCCUCUAUUGUCACACUUCUUGUGGGCAACAAGUACAGAACCAGAACAGGAAAGAAGGACUCUAGGUUGUAAACUUCUGAUGCACGGUCAGACAUUUUCUUUUACCUUUGAUUCUUUCUGUUGUUAAUAAACUGCUGAUUCGACCAGGCAGUACAAAGUGAAAAGACAUGAGCACCACGCUGCACACACCUGAGUGACCAUGGCAAUGCUGUCUGCUACACCGGUUCAGAUAUGUUCUUCAUAGCCUUUUCUUUUAAAACCAGUCUUAUUCUUGUGAAGAUGAGAAGAUUGCUAUUUUAUUUUUUAUUAUUUUUAUGUUAUACACAGAGGAAAAUGACUGUAAUAAUUAAGUAGUCCAGCGCCUCAUUUUGAUUGGAUGAUUAAAUGUUUACAUCUUUAGCACAAUGUGCCAAAGUUUUCCUUCCUGUUUUCUCUGUGUGAGGAAGAAUGAGAAGGGGUAAAAGUCUUUCGAAAUGCAGAAUGAGUCGCAACAGAGAAAUCAUUGCACAUUUGCAUAUAGUAUAUGUUGUGUAUCUGAUUCUUCUUCCCAGUCUUAGUUAAACCUGCAGGGCACGCUGGGGGGAGGACGUCUCUUAGCUGCUGAUCUGGUGUCAGUCUUGUGACAAACAUGGGGUACAAAGUUGACAGUUUCCUUAUUUGAUGUCUUAAAAUUGUCUGCAAAACAUCUCCUCAAAGAGAUGAAUAUUGUCAAUCUUGCAGGCAUCUUUAUUAGCAUUAAAAGGGGGGCAUAUAACUGAACACCAGUCACCGCACAUGACCGUCUUCCCCACUGAGCCAGUAGGACUUUAUUCAUACUCACUGUGUUUUGAAGGGAAACAAUCAACAGCUUUAUCUGAUGGCGUUUAACAAGAGAGGAGGUACAAAAGGUCAAGCUUUGUGUUCUCUCAGCUUUUCCCUCAAACAGGGAGCAGAGUUAUGCCGUGAUUUGUCCUAACAAGAGGGAUGUCUUCCCCCUUCAGCCCACCUCAAAUCCCCUCUUAGGAUUAACCGAAGAAGAGCCCUCUCUUAUAUGUGAAAAGCCCUGCUGAGACAUCCAGCUCAGGACUGCUUAAGCUCCUCCAUCUUUCGCUACGAGUGACAGUCGGUGUGUGUGUGUGUGUGUGUGUGUGUGUGUGUGUGUGUGUGAGU